AUGGAUGCUAAGCCGCAGCGAAUUCGUGUCCGUGGCGACGAGAACGCCCCGGUUGCCCUGCCUCUGAGCAAAACGAUCCACCAGCGCAACAAGUCGACUCCGGCUUUGUCCGCCAUGUUUCACAAUGGAGCGUCCAAGAAUAACGGAGCAAAGCGCGCAGCCUUUGGGGACGUCAGCAAUACGUCCAAUCUCGUGCGUCUGAGUCGAGAUGACGCUUCGCUGGCAGGCAAGAACUCGGGCAAGGGUCUCGACAAAGGCCCUGUCGCUGGUCUUGACAAGAAACCAGCCGUUCUGGCACAGCCAGCCCAGCGUCCCAUGUCGGUGACUGGGCUUAGGGGUGUCUUGACCAACACGACCAACGUGGCUAAGCCGAUCGAGGCUUCGAACAAGCAGACCACAGCUAAUGCCCGAAAGGCUCUCAACAAGCGCGUGAACGCGGUGUUCAAAGAUCCUUUGCAGCCCCUUGUUGAGUCAAAGGAAGUUUCAUCCAAGGAGAUUACCUCCACUGCGCCCCAGAAAGAGAAGCUGGACACCACCGACGCAGCGGGAGACCAUGUCAACCCCCAGCCCCUGCCAGAUGCCGUUAACAACGCAGCCAAGGGUGCUGAGGUGAAGAUCCGCGAGAACGACGCUAUUGCCCAAAAGGCAAAGGACCUCGACGUCCACGAGAACCAUAUGGCAGCCCCCAAGCAGCCUGCUGCAUCCACCGCCCAUUCCCACACUUAUGAACACGGACCGGCUCCCUCAGAGCCCGAAGAAUACUGGGAUGACGAGGAGUACGAAAAUGAGGAUGAGGAUGGAUAUACCACGGCCCGCUCUUACCGGUCCCGGGGAGAUAACACCACUGGCGGUGCCACCAUGGUGCUCUUCCCUAGAUCCAAUCAGCAGGUCCGACGCGAGCUGGCGCAGGCCAAGGAAAUUGUCGAAGCUACUCGCACCGCCGAAGAUAUCGAGGACGAAUACUGGGACACCAGCAUGGUUGCCGAAUACAGCGACGAGAUCUUUGAGUAUAUGAAAGAGCAAGAGAUCAAGAUGUUGCCCAACGCGCAUUACAUGGACAACCAGGCCGAGAUCCAAUGGUCUAUGCGCUCUGUACUCAUGGACUGGCUUGUCCAAGUCCAUCAUCGGUUCUCGCUUCUCCCCGAGACUUUGUUCCUGUGUGUCAACUACAUCGAUCGUUUCUUGUCCUGCAAGAUCGUCUCCCUUGGCAGACUGCAGCUCGUCGGUGCCACCGCCAUCUUCAUCGCCGCCAAGUACGAGGAGAUUAACUGCCCUUCGGUCCAGGAAAUUGUCUACAUGGUCGAUGGCGGCUAUCAGGUCGAUGAGAUCCUGAAGGCGGAACGUUUCAUGCUCAGCAUGUUGCAAUUCGAGCUCGGAUGGCCCGGUCCCAUGAGCUUCCUGCGCAAGAUCAGCAAAGCUGAUGAUUAUGACCUGGAAACCCGCACUCUUGCCAAGUAUUUCCUCGAAAUCACAAUCAUGGAUGAGCGCUUUGUCGGGAGCCCUCCGAGCUUUGCCGCCGCUGGUGCCCACUGUCUAGCGAGAAUGAUGUUGAAGAAGGGGAGCUGGACUCCCGCUCACGUUCACUACUCGGGCUACACUUACUCUCAGCUAUUCCCACUCCUCUCUUUGAUGUAUGAGUGCUGCGAAAACCCCCGCAAACACCAUGCCGCAAUCUACGAAAAGUACACUGAUAAGCGCUUUAAGCGUGCCUCGCUUUUCGUGGAGGCGGAGAUGAGGAAGGGAUUCCGUCUGCCUGAAUUGCAUCGCGAGUCCUUCAGCGAUCGCAAGGGAAGCAUCGAAUCUGGCCAGUACUGGAAACAAUGA